UGCAGUGCUAACAUGCAAACAUGCUAACCCAGGAAUGUACACGAUUAAAAACGGAGAACAAAACAACGGAAGCGGUCAAAAAGACUCCGCUUUGAGUGAGCAGAAGCCACAGGGGCUGAUAGAAAACCGAAGUGAAAGUUUUUAACUUUUUAAAAAGGUCUCUGUCCGCUGCUCGCUGGCCUGCUAGCGGCUGACCGAGCUGUUAGCACUUGAAAAAGUUGGUGGAGCCAGCGGGCGGAGGUGAGAUUGACCAGGAAUUAGACGGAGCCAUGACGGUGGAGGGCGUGAAGCACUCCCCGGUCCUGUCUGCGCUGUUCAGGAUGACAGAAGACUGUGAGCUGGCUGGAGCUGUAGAGUUCAUUAAAGAGCGUCUAUACUUCGCAACCUUACGCAGUAAACCCAAAAGCACUGCCAACACUCACUACUUCUGCACAGAUGAUGAGUUUAUCUACGAAAAUUUCUAUGCAGACUUUGGUCCUCUGAACCUGGCCAUGUUGUAUCGAUACUGCUGCAAGCUCAACAAGAAGCUGAAGUCCUUCACUCUGACCAGAAAGCGAAUUGUUCACUACACAAGCUUCGACCAGAGAAAGAGAUCCAACGCUGCUGUUCUGAUUGGAGCCUAUGCUGUUAUUUACCUGAAGAAAACUCCAGAAGAGGCAUACAGAGCUCUGAUCUCGGGUUCAAACGCCUCCUACCUGCCCUUCAGGGACGCUUCUUUUGGAAAUUGUUCCUACAGCCUCACAGUGCUGGACUGUCUGCAGGGCAUCAGGAAGGCUCUACAGCAUGGGUUCUUUGACUUUGAGACCUUUGAUGUGGAUGAGUAUGAACAUUAUGAGCGGGUGGAGAAUGGAGACUUGAACUGGAUUGUCCCGGGGAAGUUUCUUGCCUUCAGUGGACCUCAUCCUAAAACUAAAAUAGAGAACGGUUACCCUCUGCAUGCCCCCGAGGCUUACUUCCCAUACUUUAGGAAGCACAUGGUGACCACCAUCAUUCGUCUGAACAAGAAGAUCUACGAUGCCAAACGCUUCACUGACGCUGGCUUCGACCACUAUGACCUUUUCUAUGUAGAUGGUAGUACGCCCAAUGACAUCAUCACACGUCGCUUCCUGCACAUCUGUGAGAGCACGGAGGGCGCUGUGGCUGUGCACUGCAAGGCUGGUCUGGGUAGAACAGGCACUCUGAUUGGCUGUUACCUGAUGAAACAUUACCGCUUCACGGCAGGCGAGGCCAUCGCCUGGAUCAGGAUCUGCAGACCAGGCUCUGUGAUUGGACCACAACAGAAUUUUCUGGAAGACAAGCAGGCUGCACUGUGGUUGCUGGGCGACAGCCAGCAUUCCCAGAAGGCCAAGCUGGAGGAUAGGGCAGUGCCUCACCUCAUCACCAGUAUGGACGACCUCACACUAAAGCCCACCCACAACAGCAAUGUUUGCAGAUCGCCGAGCUCUGACCGUCUUCAGGAGAGUGAACGAACAGACAGCGGGCCAGCUCUGACUCAGGGAGACAAACUGAGAGCCUUGAAGAGCCGACGUCCCCCUCGCCCCACCACCACCGGAGCCCUGAGAGUGGAGGAGAUGAAGAUGCACAGCAGAUCAAUGUCACAGCCACUCAGAUUGUCGAUGGGGGUCGGUCAGGGCCACAUAUCCCCUCUUAAGUCAUCCAAAUUCCCAGCAUCCUCUGCCUCUGCUGCAGCUAAGAGGAUCGGAAGGAGUCCAUCAUCAUCAGCCUCAAACAUGAGGAGCUCAGCCCUCAGCUCUCGGUUGGCCAGCUCUCUCAGCGAUCUGUAUGCUGGCGACAUCGAAGAGGACAGGAAUACUCCAUACUCCUCUCUUCCACCCUCCUCCCCUUCCUCCUCUGUGUCUCUGAGCUCCUCCCCCUCCUCUCUGGCCCAACUGUCUUUGUCCCACUAUGGUAACAGUCCUCGCAAUGUGCAGCACGAGGUCAACAACAACAGCGGUCCAUUUGGUGGCUCUGUGAUGCCCACCGCAGGGAAAAACUUCAUUCGGACAGGGCCUCAGGACUUCAGCCCCUACAGGGGCCCUGGGCCCUACGGCGCAAUGAAAGGCCCCUCAGGACGCUACCUGAGCCGCUCCAUACCUUCUCUUCAGUCUGAGUACAUCCAGUACUAAAACUACAGGUCUGGCCUGAGGACACAUUGCCCUUCUGAUCACCCAGAGCUGUUCCUGCUGGGUGCUCCAAGGGAAGCUAAUAAAUCAGAUAGAGUUUCUCUAUCAGGACUAAAGACACUCUGAGAUGGUACCAGCUGCUCUCUGUUCAUAUUGUAUGUAAAUGAACUUUUUGUAAAUAUGAUGUUUGGCUGAAAAUAUAUUGACAUGAAAUAGACAUAUUUUAUAUUUCUUAAAUGUGACAGAAGACAUAUUUUUGUUUUAACAAUAUUAAUAUUUUAGCUUUUUGUUUUUUUGUGGUUUUUUGGGGGGGGAUAAAUAGGGGGUUAUUUGACACAAAAUUUUUGUCCUGUUUUAGAUACUUUAGAUUUAUUUUAGAUUCUUUUGUUGAUGUGACUGAUCAGUGUUGUUUUUUUCUAGUCAACAGCAAUAACAAUUGAAAAAGAAGGGACGCAAAAACAGAAUGUUAGCAACUAAUCUCAGGGGAUUAAAGUGCAUAUGUGCGUGAAUGUGAGUGUGUGUCGAUGUCCACUCGGCCUUACAGAAGCAUUUGCAGACUAGAUUUUGUAAAGUCGUCAUAGCAAAGACAACAAAAACUGCCUUGUCUCCUUGGAUCAGCACUAUAAACUGUAUAUAAAGGUGGACGACCCAUCACCACCUCCUCCCAUCGUCCAAAAGUGAAGCCAAAAUAUGGAUACUGCUAUCUUAUAUCUUAUAUCUGAUAACGGCAUGUACAACUAGAGUCUGCGCAGUAGUGACCACGGGGCUGAGACAAGGAGGUCCCGCCUGUCUUGGACUGCUGGGGACACUCUUUAGGCACUUGUUAAUUCCUACAUAACAAUGAUAACUGCUUGCAGUCUGGCUAGCUAGCUAACUAACUAUAUAUCAACUACUUUUCCCCAUAGAUUGCUCCUGGAAUUAGUGAUUGUGCAGGAAGCAGGUCCUUGAAUACUUCUUCUUCAACCAUGGGUCUCUACCAAACACACUCUAGUUGCAAAUGACAUCACUCGCACAAGAUGGCAGUGCCAACUUCUACCAUGUUUGGCAUUACUUUUGUGAAGCUGUGAUGUUUUAUAUGUGCGAUCUCUGGAGGUGAAACCAUUAGAUGCCUCACAAAUAAGCCAAUUAACAGAAAAUGAACUGGAAACAAUUGUAAUAACUAAUUAGUAAUUUUGUAAUUACUUCUGCUCUAAAUUCACUGGUUCAAACUCCUUUAAUGUAAAUAUUUUGUUAUCAGAUAAGACAAGCUAUCUGAAAAAGCUUAUUUGGACUUUGGGAACUGCAAUUGUACCAUUUUUUUUUUUUGCAUUUAAAAACAAAACUCAUCAAAUUAAUCAGUGAUAAAAAUUCUAAUUAGUUGCAGCCGAGUCUUGCCUGAGCAUUGGCCCUGCUGUAGAAACAAAAAUCGCACUGUGCUGGAUAAAUCUAUAACGCUGAAAGAGUUCCUGCAUCAGUUCCUGGGGUAAAGGUCCUGAAACAAUACAAACUGAACAGGUCAUGUAGCACCCCUGAAAAUGUUGGUAUUACUGUGUUUGCUGGGGGUUUUCCUUGUCAUCUUGCUGCAGUGAUGUACAGGUGUAGUCCAGGACAGCGACAUCACUGCUAGGUGUGGUUACAGGUAAUGCAGCCAGAAAGGGCAGAUGCUUUGCUUUUCAGCCUGGUAUUGAGUUACUCUUCCAACCUUAACUAAAGAUGUUCUGUAAGGGAUGCACAAUGUCAGUUAGGAACAAGGCUUCUACCUCAUCUGAUGACAUCUUCACAAUGUUUUCUUUAGUUUACAGUCAUAUUGAAUGUUAGAAAUAACUUGACAUGUUACAAACAUGUCAGACACUCCAGAGCCUUUAAGACAUUCAUGAGGAAAUGGCAGACACUUAAGCUGCUUAGAUCAAAACAGAAGAAAACACUUCUUUACCCUUAAGCAAAAUAUUUUCAAAAGAUGUUUGAAUGUUGACUCUUGUCACAUGGUUAUUUACGUAUACAGGAUCCUAAGUGCCUUGAACAUUUUACUGCUUGUUAUGUUUGAAUAUUUCGAUGAUUUGAUAGAAUUUAUUAUGUUUAGUACAUAAGGAAGUCUAUUUUCAGCUUACAGCAACAAAAGCUUUUAUUUUGGCGUAACUUAUUCUUGUUAUGAAGAUGUUUAAAUGAAGUUGUUAUUUCACUCAUGAAUGUCCUGAUCCUGUAUUUAAUGUAACAAAGGCUUUUAUUGAGAGAGAAGUUAAAAAAAUAAUGUAGAUAUUUUUUCUUUUAAAUGACAGCAGAAUUUCUGCCAGGGCAAUAAAAUACGUAUUCUUCAGGAUUUUUUUGGAUCCAUGUGCUUUGAUAUGAUAAGUCAAGGUGGAUGCACUUCAGUCAAAACCCACAAGGCUAAGACAUAGCCCCAACUGUGAUUCAAAGCAAACACACGUCCAAGCUAUAAUACUCAAGAAAGUGGCCUAAUGAAAUGUGAAAUAACACCAGACACAAAAAUUAAAUUUUGGGGUCUUUUAUUCCUCAACUACUCAAAAGAAUAGGAGCCAUGUUAAUAUAGAUUUGGAGUGAUUUCUUAGUAUGUUAUAAUGAAUACAGGGAAUGCACUGGAACGCUAGACUUCAGUGCAUUUAACAUUCCAUCCCAUAGACAUUUAAAUCAUAGUACAUAACAAUUUGAAGCUAAGUUAAAAAAUCAUUUGCCUCUUAGUGCCCAACAAUGUAAAGCUCAGUGCAUAAACACUUUAAGGCUCAGUGUAUAAACACUCUAAAGUUCAGUGCAUAAACAACUGUAGUGGUUGUCCCUAAUGAAACAAAAGAAAAAACAAAAUACACACAACCACACAGUUAAUACAUCACAGGUUAUCAUUAACAACAACACGUAAUAAAAUUAAUCAGAAUACAAUUCCCUAUACUCACAGUAGUCUUAGCUGGACUUAGCUAGUAGCUGAGCUUCUUCACAUGCCCACGUCGCGGCAUGACAUAAAGCACAGUUUUCCUCCUGCAAACUUAGAAAUAUUUCAGUCCUGAGUAUAUUCACAAACAGACACAGUUACAACAUAUUUACAGGGUAUGAACUUAACACGUUAACAGUCUUCUUCACUUCACCACCCUCUCACCGACACAAACGAUACACAGCGAUAAACGUCGGCAUAACGACAUCGCCGUCGGCGUAUAAACAGUACAAUUUACGUUCAUACAAAGUCAACCCAGGAUGCACAUGUAACUCGCUGUGCAAAUAAAGUACUUUUAGGGCAUAUUUACCCGUUUUUGUCAGCGAAAUAUCACCACACUAGUACUCAGAAAUUCCCGCGACCCAGCGGCGACUCGGCGUUCUCCUCUCUCCCAGUUUUCCCUGCAUUCCUUCAUGACCGACUUCUGACUGACGGAUUUGUACACCCGCACAGGGCGCAGCGCCUUCUUGUGGCAUAAUUGUUAAUUGUCAGUUUUCCACUUGGCAACACUAAAGGUCAAAACUACAAGAUUAAGUCAUACAAAUACGAAUGAGUUCAUUCUUAACAAACAUUAGUCAGAGUCAAAACCCAUGACCCCAAACCAAGUCAAGGCUGAGAUACAACUACCACAGUCUAGAGCAGGGGUCUCAGACUCAAACUCGAUAUUUUGUGGCCCUCUACUUGACAUCACAGUUUAGUGUUUGUGCGGCCCACAUGUUUUUCUCACAUGCACCUGCGCGAGUUGUUGCCCUGGGCGUGUUCUAUUUUUUUUAUCAGUUGUGGGCUACUAUAGCUCAGGCUCGUGACAGCAACGCGAAUUAGCAAAGUUAGUCACUUGAAACGUGAUUCGGGAGUGUCACGGAGUGGAGGGAAAAUAUAUCCUGUCACCCAGUGGAAAUGGUUUUUUGUUGGGGUUUUUUUGGUUUGUUUUUUUCUGUCUGUGUGAAAAGCUCCUCUCCACCAUGAACUUUAAUAAGUCAAAGUACAGGUCCAAACUUACUGAUGAGCAUCUUCAAGCCAUACCAAGGUUCUCAAAUGCUUCCUCUCUCAAGCCAAAUGUGGCUCAGCUGUGGAAGCUGUGGAAGCGCUGCCAGGUCUCAGGUAGCAAGGAGUAGGUAGGAGAAGCCUAUGUUCUGAAGAAUGUUCAUGUUUUGAAUUGUUAUUAAUAAAGAUUGAGAAGACUA